UCAGCUGUUUGCUCGGUGUGCGGGUCGUGAGGGUUGCGGAAAAAUGUCCACCUGCCGAUUAGUCACUUGUAUUUUCUUUCUACGUUGCUGUUGUACUAUCGUCUUUUAGAAAUGUUACUCACAAUAUUUUUUUUACUCUCACUGUCGGAAUUUUGAAGAUUCCUGUAGUUGAAGUUCGUGUUACGACUGGAGUUGAUGAAAAUAAUGACAGCAAUUUAUGCACGAUAGCGAAAUUAAAUAAGGGUUGCAUUGGCAAUGACCCAUGCGUCUCAAACAAGCAGCGAUGUACCACAUCCCCAAAUCGUAGCAAGGAAUCCCAAUGAGGCUGGAGUGCUAUACUCGCCGUUGAGCUCGUUUGCUGAAAUGUGGUACCAAAUAUUUUUGUGGGCGCUCUUCUCCUCCGUUUUUGUCCACACCAUUGCAGCAGCAAUUUGUUUCGCUACCCUGCGCAAGCACAAAUAUGGAAAAUUUUUUCCCAUAUUGAUACUUUUUAUGGGAAUUUUACUGCCGCUAACGUCAGGAGUUUUGAGCUCUGCGACCGUAGCAUUUGUGUACCGUGGUUCGAGUUAUCAGAUGUCACCGUUGUACGCUCUCCUGUGGGGAAUUGGACAAACUGUGGUGGCGGCUUGUGUCGGUUUUACAAGAAUUCUGGCGACGUUGUAAUUCGAAAAAGAAGAAAGCUACUUCAUUAUACUGUACAUAAAUACGUAAUUUCCAAUCGUGAAAUUUCUUUACCACAAUAAACGUAGCUUUUUUUUACAAUAAGAAGUAUAAAAAAGUAUUCGAACAACAAAAAUCUAUAAUUAUACAAAGAAUCCAAUUUGAUGGAAAAUGAAAAUCCACCUGACUCGUGUCAUGUAAAUACACAGUAUAACCGAAUUCAGGUUAGUUUAAAAUUUUUUUACUUGCGGUUCCCAAAAUAGUGCGUAAUUUUGAUUUUACAAUCGAUUCUGUGAUAAGCGCAUAAUUUCGUGUUUACUGCGAUGAAUAUCUAAAUAAGUAAGUAAAUUAAUGAAUAAGGAAAUCAAUAAUACAAUUAAAAAACGAUAUCGUGAAGCUAACGGCUUUAUCUCAGGAAUGAGGAUUUCAUCAUAGUGUCUAUAAUCGUCGAUGUUAUUUCUUGUAUUAUGAAAAUCAACGCUGAACCAAGACGUAAUUAAUAAAUGUUGAAAAUUCCAA